CUGACGUGUCUUCCGUUUCUCUUGGCAACAGGGGGACGCGGAGAAAAGACAGUUGUUUCACAGCCGAUUACUGAAAAAUGGCAGGAACUGAGCGCGCCAAAGUUGAGGAAACACUGAAGAGGAUCGAAGCCCAUAAAGAUGUGAUUGGAACAAUAAUAGUCAGUGCAGAGGGUAUUCCCAUUAGAACAACGUUAGAUAACGCCACUGCGGUUCAAUAUGGAGGACUUCUUCGCAACCUCACAAUGAUGGCCAGGAGCGCAGUGAGAGAUAUUGACCCUCAGAAUGACCUCACUUUCGUCCGUGUCCGUUCAAAGAAACAUGAGAUCAUGGUUGGACUCGAGAGCAACUUCCUGCUGAUUGUCAUCCAGAAGCUUUGUAAAUAGCUGCUGGACAUUUCCAUGGGAGUCAGUCUUUUGUUUGUCAUGCUGGUGCUUUGUCCAGGCAAAAUAUCUUUUUCCACUGUUACUUUGCUCCCGUACUGCAUAAUCCAUUUUUUUCACUUACUGAAGUAUGUCACCUUGAUUUACUUGAUGCAUUGUUCAUGUAGCCUGUCAAUCUGAUAAGUGAAAAACGUGAUAAACCUGAAUAAACGUUAGGGGAAAAAUAACAAACGCAGAUGCUUCUAUACAAUAAGAAAUUAACCAGGAUGUAUAAAAAUGCUGAGCUAGCUUUGAUCAGGACUUUCUAUCAAGAUGGCAAGAAUAAAAGUCUAAGGUGACUUUAAAAGGGAGAUCAUUACUUGACCCCAGGAGCUUUAGUUGCUCAACUGAUUAAAGCUGAGCAAUCCUUGUAACUUAAUUGAACAGGAGCAUUGACUUAAGUGGAAAGGGCAUUUAUCUCUACAUGAUAAGCACAUGCUUGACCCAGUUUUGGUCUCUGAUAACUCUGCACUGUGGAUCAGAUUUUUCUUGGCAUGGUUUGAAUUCUUUUGUCCUUUAAGAGAUGAGGGUCCCUGGAAAUCAACACAUUGUAACUAAUCACUUUUAUCCAGAUC